AUGUACAUCUGACUUACACUUCCUCUCCCUAACUCUCCCGAUCACCUGUGCAACCUAAAACUCCCAACCUCCAUAAUCUCCAUCUGGUUUCUUCAAAAAGACACACUCUCUCCCUUUGUGGUUUUUCUUCAAACAGAAAGACAUACCAGUUCUCAGGUCUAUGGCGUACAAAAUUCUAUUUAACGGCGGUAAUGGCAACCCUAGCCAGAUAGCGUACUUGCACAAUUACAAUGCAAACAGAGCCCAUGGCGCAGGCCUUCAGAUCGGAAAUACCUACAUUGGCCCAGGUGCCGGAGGACAAAACAGUAAUCAUGGCCCUGGUGCCGGUGGUAUCAACAGUGGCUAUGCUGCUGGAGCAAUCAACAGCAAUUAUAACCCAAAAAUGGCGCCUAGAAAGAGGUAUAGGGGCGGAAAUCGAGUGGGUGCACCGUCGCUUGGUGGAGGAGUUCGGAGGGUUAAUUGCCAACGAAAUAAAUACUUCUUUUGGAAAUUCCCUAAUAGUUGGGAUAAGAGACGUUUGCAUGAGAUUUUUACCGGAUAUGGCAAAAUUUCAAGCAUUUGCAUUCCGAGAACAAGGGACAAAUAUGGCAAUAGAUUCGGUUUUGUCAAGUUCUCGCAGGUGACCGAUAAGAAAGGUUUGGAGACACUGGACAAAACAGCCGCUUGCAAGAUUAGAGUAAAUCCAUACAGAAGGGUGAUUAAGGAUGCAGGUGAGGGGGUAAACAAAACUGAAUUCAGAACAGAAGAGAAAGAAAAAGCUUGGUUGAAUCGCUGUCUUGUGGGAUGUCUUCGAGAACAAAAAGAUACUGGCAUGGUGAGGAAAAAUCUCGAUAAACAGGGGUUAACCUCAGUUAUUCUUCUGGAAGGAAAUCUUGUUCUUUUAAGAUUCUCCAAUGAAUCUGAUCCAGCCACUCUUCUUGAUAAAGGCAGAGAUAUCUUAGAGCAACAUUUUCAUUGGGUGGAGCGCUGGUCCCCGAACAUUUUUAAGAAGAGGUGUGCCUAUAUAAGGGUCAUGGGAGUCCCUUUGGAUGCUUGGGGGGAAAGAUUCUUCACAAUGAUAGGUGAUCAGUGUGGAAGGUUUGUUUCCAUGGAUGAUUCAACCAUGAAAAAGUCACGACUUGAUUUUGGGAGAGUGUUGAUCAAUACUUAUUCAGCAGAAAUUAUCUCCAAGUGUUUGACUGUUAGGAUUGAUUCCAAGGAAUGCAAAAUCAGAGUGAUUGAAGAGGCUUUUCAGAAUUCAGAUUGCACGGUUGGAGAUGGCAGUUCAGAUGAAGUGGAACCCCAGUCUGAUGGGAAUGGAAGUCUUUGUAAGGGUGAUAACAUGGAAAUGCUGAAGAAGAAGAUUUUCACUGGAAACAUUGAGUGUAGUAAUGUUCAAAAUGGUCCACAAGAAUGUUCUUUGUGUUCAAAGCAACACAACUAUCUUCAGGAGGGAGAUGAAGUCGUUGGUUCUAGCGAUCAGGGAUUACAGGAGGAGAUCACUGGGAGUGAGCCUCCCAAAAAUCAUCCUGGUGAGUUAGGCUCACAAGAGUAAAGCACACCAUUUGACCUGGACAAGAGUGAUAAUGCACUUAAUGUACAUGUUGUCUUUGGUUUAAACUCUAUGAGCACGUCUAGGACCACUGAAAAUGCGGAUACAGAAGGGGAUCUCAUUGCAAGGCAUAGUAAAGUAGUUAAAAGGAA